UGACCGGCACAGGAGGUGGCCACGUGCCCACUCCACCGGCUCUCUAUGGUCUUUGGAGCCACACGGGGCUCACACGCCACGGAAGCCGGCCCUCUCCUCCGCUCCACCUCCAUGGCCGGAGCGCUCGUAGCUCCUCCAGCCCGGCGGCUCGCUGGCUCUCUCCCCCACCUUCGAUCCGGUCUCCAGUCCAUUUGGUCAUCCUCCUGGAUCGACGUCGAUCCCCCCUCCCCCACCAGCUCCUCCACCGGCUCCGUCUCUUCUUCCAGUGCCCCCCGGAAGAAGCUCUCCCACCGCCUCUCGUCAGUAGUCGACGCCGUCAAUGAUCGGAAGCUUCCCCCCGAGCUCCGCGGCCGGGCCAACGCCGUCAGGUCUGAAACAGACAUCGUUAAUGUUGUGGAACAAAGAAUAUGGCACUCCAUGGAAGAAGGUCACUUCGAGAAUCUACCAGGAAAGGGGAAACCUCUCAACCUUGGCACAAACACUCAUGCAGAUCCUGCAGAAGACACCUUGUAUAGAAUCCUUUCUAGAAAUGGUUGUGCACCUGAGUGGGUUGAAUUAAACAAGGAAAUUCGUUCAAGGAUUGCAGAGUGGAGGACAGCUUUGAAGAAAGCUUGGGCCAGAAGAUCAAAUCAUGAUGAUUCCGAAUGGCUUGAGAAUUCUGAGUCUCUCAAGGCACAGAUGCGCGACAUCAACGAUAAGGUUCUGCGUUACAAUCUCAUCGUACCCUUUGGUCGUCAAAUGUUUGGACUCAAAUGGGAGAAAGAAAUAGAUAAGUUGGAGUAGCCUAUUACAGACACAUCUUGUUAUCGUUUCUUUACGAGUAUCUUCUAUCACAUCACAGUGCCAGUUCAUGACUCAGACACAGGAAUACAUGGAUAGGUUUUGAAGAAAUGCAGUAUUUACUUGUUAGUAGUUAAGCUGCUAUGGAAGCAUAAAUGUGAUGAAGAGUGCAAAAAUACAUGCAUAUUUUUUGUGUAGAAAAAUAAAAUGUCUGUAUUGGCCUAUCAAUUCAAAUAAUGGAUGCUUAUCAUGCAUGUGGACAUGUAUCUUUUCAGCUGUAGUGUUUAGAUGACUUAGAAUGUGAUGAAUUCUUCUAGCUACAAAA